UUUCCUUAUAAAACCCACAACAACUUCUCUUGUUUCUCCCUACCCUCAAUACUACUGCUUAUCCACCUCUCCCUCUCUCUCUCUCUCUCUCUCUCUCUCUCUCUCUCUCUCUCUCUCUCUGCCCUCAUGGGGGAGGAAGCUAACUACAACAACAUGGAUAGGAUGAUAAAUAGUAGCCAAGAGGCGGAGGUGAGGAAGGGGCCAUGGACCCUGGAGGAAGAUCUCAUCCUCAUCAACUACAUCACACACCACGGGGAGGGUGUCUGGAACAAUCUCGCUCGCUCCGCGGGUCUCAACCGGACGGGGAAGAGUUGCCGCCUCCGGUGGCUGAACUAUCUGAGGCCGGACGUGCGGCGGGGGAACAUCACGCCGGAGGAGCAGAUGCUGAUCAUGGACCUCCAUGCUAGAUGGGGUAAUAGGUGGUCCAAAAUUGCGAGACAACUGCCCGGGAGGACGGAUAACGAAAUAAAGAAUUAUUGGAGGACCAGAAUACAAAAAAAAGUUAAGCAUUGUGAGCAUGAUUACCAAAAUGUGAUGCUCACUGAUGAAGCUAUCCCGAGCACUAGCACAAGCCAACUAAAUAGUGUCGAAGAUGGUGCGUCAACCCAGCCGAACUACCCCGAAUACAAUAUGAUCGAUGCUGAGGCUCUCGAGGCACCUCAAUUCUCUAGUCACGAAUCCAGUGAUAACUUUUGGACUGUCGACGAUUUCUGGUCGAUGCAACCACUCAAUUGUGACUGAACAAAAUAAGUUGUGAUUCACACUUAUGGGCAUCAUGAGAACUUAAGAAUGAGGGCAAUUUCCUAUCACUAUGAUAUAUAGCUAGCUAUUAGUUAAUGUUGUGCUAAUUAAGUAAUAUAGCAAUAUAGCUAGCUAUUAGUUAGUAUCGUGCUAAUUAACUACGUACUUGCUCCUUGUACAAAAAUACCUACGAUAAACAUAAUCGUGCAUGUAAUAUUUUGUGUAAUAUUAUAUAUGAUUAUGGUUGAGUUUUUGUUGAUAUUUGGUUUGGACAUUGAGGUUCUAUAUGUAAAAGAUCAAGAGCUAGCCUAAUACAAA